AUGGCAACCACAGCCGGCGAGAGCAACUCGUCCCAUUACACCAAAAUCGGCCUGUCAGAGGAUGAGAUCCCCACCCAAUGGUACAACAUCGUGGCAGACCUGCCCAAGCCGCCGCCGCCCCCGCUGCACCCGAAGACCCUGCAGCCCAUCACGGCCGAUGACCUGGCGCCGCUGUUUCCCAUGGAACUGAUCCGGCAGGAGGUCAGCGCUGAGAGGUACAUCGACAUACCCCCUGAGGUGAGGGAGAUCUACCGGCUGUGGCGCCCCUCCCCUCUCUUCCGCGCCCGCCGCCUUGAGAAGCUGCUCGGCACGCCCGCGCGGAUCUACUACAAGUACGAGGGCGUGAGCCCCGCGGGCAGCCACAAGCCCAACACUGCAGUGCCCCAGGCCUACUACAACAAGGCAGAGGGUGUUAAGAAGCUAACCACCGAGACGGGCGCCGGCCAGUGGGGCUCCGCCCUGGCCUUUGCCACCAGCCUGCUCGGAAUGGACUGUGAGGUGUGGCAGGUGCGCGCAUCGUAUGACGCCAAGCCGCACAGGAAGACGAUGAUGGAGCUCUGGGGUGCGACGGUGCACCCCAGCCCCUCCCCCCUGACGCAGUCGGGGCGUGCCGUCCUGAAGGAGACUCCUGACACCCCUGGGUCCCUGGGCAUUGCCAUCAGUGAGGCGGUUGAGGUGGCCGCCGCAGACCCUGACGCCCGCUACGCCCUGGGGUCAGUGCUCAACCACGUACUGCUGCACCAGACCGUCAUCGGGGAGGAGGCCCUGAAGCAGCUGGCCAAGGUCGGGGAGACUCCCGAUAUUGUGAUCGGCUGCACCGGCGGCGGCAGCAACUUUGCGGGCCUGGCGUUCCCAAUUUUGAGGGAGAAGAUGGCCGGCCGCAUGAGCCCCCGCGUGCUGGCCGUCGAGCCGGCGGCCUGCCCCUCCCUGACAAAGGGAAAGUAUGUCUAUGACUACGGCGACACCGCGGGCCUGACCCCGCUGGUGAAGAUGCACACCCUGGGCCACUCAUUUGUGCCAGACCCCAUCCACGCCGGCGGCCUGCGCUACCAUGGCAUGGCGCCGCUGAUCAGCCACGUGUACGACCUCGGCCUGAUCGACGCCAUCGCCAUCCCACAGAAGGAGUGCUUCGACGCCGCGACCGCCUUCCUCAGGAGUGAGGGCAUUCUGCCGGCGCCGGAGCCGACGCACGCGCUGGCGGCGACCAUCCGCGAGGCGAAGAAGUGCAUUGAGACGGGCGAGUCCAAGGUGAUCCUCACGACGCUGUGCGGCCAUGGGCACUUUGACAUGUCCAGCUACGAGAAGUUCCUGAGCGGUAGCCUGGAGGACCUGGAUUACCCCGAGGACAAGGUGGCAGCCGCGCUCGCAGACCUGCCCAAGAUUGAGUGA